AUGGCGACAGUCUUGUUCAUGGGUAUAGGCGCUCACGACCCUAACAUCGACUUCCCACCCAACGUCUCAGCGCAAGCAUUGGAUGCUGCCAUCAACAAAGGAGUCGAAGACCUGGAGAAUGCCGGCUACAAGGUCAAGCUGUUCCUGCCCCCCAUCAUGGAAGGCAUCGAUGCUCUCGAAAAGGAGCUGCAGACGAUCAAGUACGAUCUAGUGCUUGUUGGUCUGGGCAUCAGGAUCGUGCCCAAGCAUACCCCGUACUUCGAGGGAAUUAUCAACACCGUACUCAAGUACAAACCCGGCCAGAGGUUUGCAUUCAACGCUAGCUUGGAGAGCACGCUUGAGGCUGCGCGGCGGGCGCUACCUCUGUAG